CUACAACCUAUAGUCUGCAGCUAUGAAAGAAAAGAAGCCAUUGACGAUCUCGAAUGGCCUGGUUCCAGCAUAAGCAUCAACCUCAAACCAGCACCCCCCAUCCGUCUCGUUCAGAGGAGAAGGUCAAUGGAGAUUUGCAGAUUGAUCUUAUGUACCAUGGGAAUACUGAUCUGUUACUAGACUUCAACUGCAUUUUAGCUCAGAUCGUCCAUGGCAAUCUGUAUCGCGAAGAACUGAUCUCGAGUAGCUUUGAGAUAGAUCAGAAAACAACAAAAGGUCUCACCUUUUCAUUUUUUGGGGGGCUGCUGAGAUCGACAUGGAAAUGGGUUUUCCUCAAUUUGGUACUUGGUAGUGGUGUGAAACAAGAAGAGAUGAAGACCGAUCGAGCAGCAUCCGACUUGGGAAUUGGAUCGCGUUUGUUGUGUAAUGACAGUGUCGAAAUGUGAAGUUUGCUAAGGGAGCGAUACGUAUGGAUCGAUAUAUACCAUAGUUGGGAAUGGUUUGUCUGUGAGAUAGAAACUUUUCGAUUCGUCGUUGUGUAUAAUGUGGUAUAGUUAUUGCAGGUUGCAGGAUAAUAGAUAUCAGAGGGCAAGUUUUUGUGUUGUUUCAACUUGUUUGAUAUUAGGGUUUGAUCACUCAUAAGACAUUUUUCUAUUCUCAAUCUGAUAUGGCCACAGUGAUUUGUAUUCGUUACUCAUUGUUAGCUAGUCGUUACAUCUCUUUGGAUAUGGCAAAAGUCAAUCCAUGGAGGAACAAGUUGAUUGAUGAUUCACAUAACUUAAUUCAUAUACAUGCUCAAACUUAAUCAUAUACAUGUAAUUAAGGGUCAUACAACAAAAUAUAAUAGAAAGCAAUGUCUGGAUAGGUUUUAUUUUUGUUACUUCUGGUUUUCUUCUCUUCUUUCCAAUAUGAUCCCAGAGGACUUCCCUCCUCUUCAAUGACAGACAAUAUCUAUCAGCCACAAAAUCAACAAAUUUAUCAGACAUGUAUGAUUCAUUUACCACAAUGAAAUCUAUCGUUUCAAUAGAAAGUUCAUGUCAUUUUUAUUUAAUAGUUUUGAAUAAGGACUCGUGUCAAAAUCGAAAUGAAAACAUUCGCGCCAAUCAAAUAAGAGGGGAAAUAUAUGUCGAUCAAAACUCAAAAGAUGACAAUAUUGAAGUAAUUUUUAUUUGCAGUAACUAUGAUUCCGAUCGAUAAAUCACAGUACAAAUUUGGUUUGUAUCUAACUGUACCAACAAAUACGAUAGAGAUACUGAAGAAAAAUUAAUAAUUUAUUAUCUGGGGUUUUGUCCUCGCCAAUCUUAUUUCUAAAGAUGAGCAGCCAGAGGAAACAAUUUUUCCUAAAAACUUGCCAAAUGAAAGAAAAUAAACUUUAACUAUUAAAUAGAUUAGCUAGAGAAUUAUCCAUGAUAACGAUUCUAAUAGGUAAUUCUCACCAUUUACUCUCAAAUUCUCAAAACUCCAAUCUCUUCUCAUUCCAGAGCUCCUUACCAACUUUGGCUGGCCACCAUCCGAAUUGAAAGCAAUUGGCGCACUACUAUUUACUCGUUGAGAAUGAUUUUUCAUCAUCUUUGGAAUUUUCUCAUACUCUCUAUCUGAGUCCGUCCUCAUCAAAGGUUGACAAGUUAGACAAUUUAAACUCAUCUUUGCCUAUAUACCAAGAGGGGAUAAAUACAAUUUUACAAUUAAUUCUCCCUCGAUAACUUUUUGUUCCCUCACUUUAAACUUUGAUCCUGAUCUCCAAAUCCUUCUUCCCCAAGAAAAUUGAACAAUAAUUUAAGUUCUUAAUUUUCUUGGGGAAUUUGAUUUGGAAAGGAAAUCAAAAGAAUUUUGAGAGAGAUCAUUCACCACCUUUUUCUUUAGUGCGUGGAAGAGGUAAUGUAACACAAUUUAAGGCUCUCAUAAAAGUCAAUUUAGGGUUAAAAACAGAAGUUGUAAGUUUGAAAUUUGUUAUUUUUGAAAAAAAAAAUACCAUAUUUGAAAAAAUUAGUAUGUUGGUGUUUUAGUUGUUGCCAAUGAAAUCCGGUGUUAGUU